AUGCCAACCUGGGCGUGGGUUUGGAUUGCGUUGGCUGGGCUCCGCUGGACGCACGCCGCGUUUGAGGUGCCAUGUACACGUAAGUUUGCUCAAAUACUAUCUGAAUUUACAUUGUAGCCCGUCUAAAUCAGUUUUUGAGUUUUUGAAGGUCGUUAAACCAAAAAUAUUUUUUUCGCACCGUGCGGUUCCUUAUUUUUUGCGAUUCCCUUCAAUUUCGAAACUUCAAGAAAACCAAAACUGGUCAGUUCUCAUCUUGAUAACUCUAGUAAUAUUAUUCAAAACGCAUUUCCAAUUUUAGGGCGGCAUUUUAUACGAAAAAAUCUUCUUUUAUUUUUUGCACUGUGCGGUGAAAAAGAUGUCGAUUUUUUGGUCGGAUUUUAAAAGCUAAAAAAAUUAAACCUUCUCCGUAUAUUCUACAAAGAAAGUAAAUUAAAAUCGCUUUUUGAUUUUUUCUAAAGAGUGACAUUUUGUACGCAAAUUUUGAGUUUUUAGUUUUUCGCACGGUGCAGUACGAAGAAAUUGAAAUUUGGUUUUAGAGUUUCAAAAAGUGAAAUUUAAUUUAAUUUCUAUGUAUUACAGAAUGUGCAAAUUAGAAUUGCAAUUUGCUUUUUUCGAAAAAAUGACAUUUUAUACGCAAAUCUUAAAUUUUUAGUUUUUCGCACGGUGCAGUUCAAAAACAUUGAAAAUUUCGGCGGAAUGUUUCAGUUUCAAAAAAUAAAAUUUAGUUACUAUAUGCUACAGAGCGUACAAAUUCUAUAUGACUUUGAUUUUUUCCAAAGAGUGACAUUUUAUACGCAAAAAACUAUUUUUUAUUUUCGCACUGUGCAGUCUCAAAAAUAAUUUUUCAGCAAAAAAAUCGGUUGAAUUAUCAAAAUUCGUAUUGCAAAUAAAUUGUUUUCCUUUUCAGAAAAGCUAAUCCGCUCCAAAUGCCUUUUCGACGAGGAAUGUUACGGGCAAAACACAGUCUGCAAGGAUGGACGGUGCUCUUGUCCCACGAAUUUCGAAGAAUACGAUAUUGAUGAGCAGAGGACGGUCUGCCGGUUGGCUCCAGCGAAAAUCGGCGACACUUGUCAACGGGACUGCAAGCCGCCGCUACUUUGCCGCGAUGGGAAAUGCGAGUGUUGGGGAGGAAGUGUGAUCAAGGGGAAGUGCACUGUCCGUAAGUUGAUUUUGAUUAUUUCGUUGGAAUUUAGAGGCGAAAUAUCAUCAUUGGGCGUGUUUUAAAACUUCGUAUGUGCUCUAGAACAAGUUAACAAGGCAUUUUGGAAAUUUUGAUUUUCUAAAAUACGAGUUUUUGAGAAAUUUUAUUUUUUGCACGGUGCAUGAAAAAUUCAUUCGUAAAGACAGAAACGAUAUUUUGAGCGUAUUUUACCAUGAAACGAGUUCUUUACGAUCAAUUUAACGUCAUUUUUUUGCUUUAUUCUCACGAAAAUUUAAAUAUUUUACAAUUUUUUUCAUGCACUGUGCAAAGAUGAGAUCACUAAAAUAAAAGCUUUCUCAGAGAUUUCACGAACCCUAUAAUUAUAUUGUGCGUAUUUUACAACUCUCCAAAGCAUUUUUCAAUUGUUUUUUUUUUCUUUUUUGCCACCAUUUUGUCCAGAAAGAGAGUUUUAGGAAAGAAUUUUUCUGCACUGUGCAAGAUUUUAUUUUCAAUUUUUCAGCGGCGUAUAUCAUACAUACAGCCAAAAUUGUCGUAUUUUACGUUUUUUCACUACCCAAUCUCUCUUUUAGAACAACUUUUUGGGCCUUUUCUCAUCCUAAAAUACGAAUUUUUAAAAUAAAAAAUUUUUAUCCGCCGCACUGUGCAACGCCAAAAAAAAAUUUUUGCACUGUGCAAAAAAAAUCAAAAAAAAUUUUUUUUUGAAAUUUUCAUGGAAUUAAAUCAAAAAAUUUUUGUAUUUUACCCGUCUUCACAACCUAAUCUCUCUUUUAGAACAACUUUUUAGACCUUUUCUCAUCCUAAAAUACGAAUUUUUAAAAUAAAAAAUUUUUAUCCACCGCACUGUGCAACGCCAAAAAAAUUUCUUUGCACUGUGCAAAAAAACAAAAAAUUUUGUUUUUUUUUGACGGCUAAAGUAAUGUAAAGUAUAAAAAAAAUAUAUUUUUUUCCAGCUUGCCCACCCGGUCAGCAACUCUAUGGGGUCGAAUGCACCCGAGUCGCUCAUUGGGGACAACAAUGUGAGAAGGAUUCGCAUUGCGUCGACCCUUUCAAUGCCUGCAUCGCCAAUACCUGUCAAUGCACCCCUGGAGCACAUCGGGAUCCCGCGACGAACAAGUGUUUUGCUAGUAGGUGCCGAGACUUGAAAAAAAAAUCAAAAAACUGAAAAAAAAAAAAUUUUUCUUUUUCGCUCAAAAAAUCCGUGUUUACAAAAAAAUGGCUUAUUUUUUUAAAAUUUCCAGCCUGUCCCGAUGGAAUGCACCCCCGCCAAUCCUGCCGGAGGCUAUUCAUCAACGACGUUGAUAUGCUGGACAAUGCGGCCACCACUGACUCCUGUCCAACCGGCUUCAGAUGUGUGACAUAUGGAUCGCCCUACAUUGGUCAUUGCUGUCGGCUAAAAUGCCCGUAUGGCGAUCCGGACUUGACGUAGGUUACUGUAAUUUUUUGUUUUUUGAAAUUUUGUUUUUUCAUUUUUUUUUCGCACUGUGCAAAAGGAUUUUCCUAAUGCACAGUGCAGUCAAAAAAGAAAUUGGAAAAAGUCGUAUUUUAGGAAAGAAAAAAUUUAAAAAAAUAUUUUGAGGCUACAAAUAGCAAUGUAGGAUUGUAAAAUACUCUGUUAAAUCAACAUAUUUCACUAAAUUUUUUUGCGAAAAUAACAAAAAAGAAUUUUUUGCACCGUGCAAAAAAUUUUUUCCGAUGCACAGUGCAGUCAAAAAGAAGUUGUAAAAAAUCGUAUUUUAGGCGAAAAUAAAAUAAAAAAAUACUUUGACAUUACAUAUAGUAAUGUAGAAUUGUGAAAUACUCUUCUAAAUCGUCACUUUUCUUCGUAUCUUUUGCAAAAUUUAGAAUAAAAAAUUUUGCACAGUGCAAGAAAAAAAUCAAAAAUUCAGAAAAAUCUUGAUGAUUUUAGAUUAAAAAAAAAACUUUUUUCUUUGUUUUUAAACCGUAAAUUCUAUGAAAACCGUAUUUUAAACCACUUUAAACAACAUAAUUUCAGUCAAUCCUGUGACGCGGCCUCUCCGGAAGAGCAAAAGUGCCGGAAAUUGACGCAUUUCUGUUUCACGGUCAGUGAGCCCGGCUGGAAAGCCUCUCUGUGUUGCCCACUGCCCUGCCGCGAUCCCACCCCCAUCUACAGUAAUGGGCAGUGUUUGAGUGUGGCGCACCGCGACGACCCUUGUCAGGACGAUGCACAGUGCGAAGGAGGGGUUAGUAUGCAGUGUUUGAAUGGGCAAUGCAGAUGCAGAUUGGGAUUCAGAGAGGUGAGUGGGGAAGAUUUGAGGGUAAAAUACGUGAAGAAAUCAUCAAAAAUUCGAUCUUCGAGAUUUUUGAAAAAAAAUUUUUUUUAAUUUCAAAAAAUUUUUUUUUUUUUUUUUGAAAAAAUUACCGUGCCAAAAAUAAAGUUAACAAUAAAAAAUGUCAUUGUAAAAAUUGUAAAAUACGACACGGACUAGUUUACCUUUUUUUGCACGGUGCAAAAUUUCAAUUUUUACUGCACAGUGCAAAGUAUUUUUUCUAAGAUUGCACAGUGCAAUGAGAUACAUAGAAAAAAAUUUUGAUGCCGGACGAUUGAGUAGAGGCUAAAAAAUACAGUAAAAAAGUUUUUUUGCAUUUUCUUCAAAUUUACGAUCUGCACUGUGCAAUUUUCUUUUUUGCACAGUGCAAAUAAUACUUUUGGUAAUUGCACUGUGCAAUGACUGCAAAUAAAAAAAAUUUUGUGUCUGAAAGAUUCAUUAAGAUCUAAAAUACACAGUGGAAAAAUUUUUUUUUAUUUUUGUCAAUCCCACGAUCUGCACAGUGCAAUUUAUUUUUUGCACAGUGCGGAAAACUAAAACUUGCACUGUGCUGCUCGCUGCAAAAGAGUCUUGGGAAUUUUUUGCGACUCUGCACUGUGCAUUUUGCGCGAUAAUUUGGAAAAACAUUUUGCACCGUGCAACCGCACUGCAGGAUGAGCCAAGUCUUUCUCCUUGGAUGGUCAACUCUUCCUCUCAAAAUUCUUUUUUGUCAAGAUUAAUAUAAAUUUCUUUACGUUUUAAUCUACAUACAUCGACAGGACAAUAACUCUAAAAGUAAGUUAAAUUAACCCUCUUUCUAAAUAUGCAAUGAUUUUUUGCAUUACAUAAGUUUAUCCUUUCACAUUUAGCCAUUGUUGCAGGUAUACAAAUUUAGCUGAAUGCUGUUCGUUCUUGCGAUUCCAUGAACGAAAUUUGAAAGUCUUCCCCACAAAAGAACCGGCGUCGAGCCUUCUUCGUGCCAGAAUUGUUUCAGCAUGAAAGGACUUACAGUUUUUUUGUUGAUUCGAUUUUAGAUAUUACACUAGGUACUCUCGUAAGUUUAAGACGAGAUUAGGUCACGUUUUACGUCAUAUAUGGUCUAAAUGGACAAUAAAACUUUCUUUUAACAUUCUUAACGUCGUAACAGUGAUUUCCCCCCUUUUAUUGUCGUUUUUGAUUUUUUCCCGAUUUUAGGCAUGGAACAACUUUGAUGUAUCUGCGGCCAUAGAUGCGUAUUAAUACUUCGCAAACCAUAUUUCAAAGGUCCCUAGUCGGUCUAAAACAUGUUUAGAACAGCAUGCGAGGUAUUUUUGACUUUUUUAGAUCCACGUUAUACUUGAUCACGUAGACCCUAAAACAUCUCAAACCCGGGUUUGAAAGAAUAUUUAUGUUGGGGACGGUUUAGUAAUGGCUCACCUUUGUAGAUUCCCGGGGUUAAACUUCAAAAACGUUAGAUUUUGCCUGCAAUUUGAUAAAAGUACCUAGUGUAAUAUCGAAAAUCGAAUCAACAAAAAAACUGUAAGUCCUUUCAGGCUGAAACAAUUCUGGCACGAAGAAGGCUCGACGUCGGUUCUUUUGUGGGGAAGACUUUCAAAUUUCGUUCAUGGAAUCGCAAGAACGAACAGCAUUCAGCUAAAUUUGUAUACCUGCAACAAUGGCUAAAUGUGCAAGGAUAAACUUAUGUAAUGCAAAAAAUUGUUGCUUAGUGAGAAAGAGGGAUAACUUGACUUACUUGUGGGGUUAUUGUCCUGUCGAAACAUGCAGAUUAAAACAUGAAGAAGUUUAUAUUAAUCUUGACAAAAACAAAAUUUUGGGAGGAAGAGUUGACCACCCAAGGGGAAAGACUUGGCUCAUCCUGCAGUGAACCGCCCCGAAAAGUGAGUGAAAAGACCACUUGCACAGUGCAAUUUCGUUUUUUGCACUUUGUCGCGCGCGAUUCCCGUUUGUCGCUAGCGACAAACCGUUUCUGCGACAUGUCGCGACAGGAUUUUAUGGGCCGAAAUUCACGGUGCGAAGCCGCGGAAAAUUCCCAGGAUUUUUUGUCAUGAGGUCUAAAAAAAUGGUAAGGGGGGACCAAGGUAAAAAUUAAAAAAAAAUUUUUUUUUUUUUUUUUUUUUUUUGAAAAAUAAAUUAUUCCAAGACCUCAAUUUUUCCCAUUUUUCAGUCCAACGACGACCGUUUCCCCUCUUGCGUGAAGACCUGUCCAAUCGACGAGGUUCCCAUGGCCGAUAAAUGUCUUGUGAAGUCAAGUCUCGGAGACCGCUGUUUGUCUUCGAAGCAAUGCCCCGAAUUCGCGGAAUGCCGUUUCGGGUUGUGUCAAUGCCAAUGCGGCUACAAACAAUCGAGUUUCAUCGGUGGAUUGAGAUGCUCCAAUCCGGACGACCCACUGAAUAUCAACACGUUUUUGAAUGGGGUGGAGCAACUUUUCGGCCAAAAACAACGGGCUUUUAGUGGGCCAUAA